ACGUUGAGGAGCUCUCUAAGCAUUCUGCUUAGUACGAUGCAGUUUGUGCACUCUUAGCGGUGGGUGAGCUUUGCUGAAAUGCUGCGUGCCGUGGUUUUUCGGAGCCUUCCCCGGGUAAAGGUUGUGUCGGCGUGCCACUUCUCCGCCGCGGCUAUACCCGCACCGAGCACCCAACCCGAGGUCCACUUUAAUAAGCUGUUCAUCAACAACAAGUGGCAGGAUGCAGCAAGUGGGAAAACCUUCCCUACAGUAAACCCAUCAACAGGGGAAGUUAUCUGUCAUGUGGCUGAGGCCAGUGAGGUUGACGUUGACAAGGCGGUAAAAGCAGCACGAGAUGCCUUCCGGCUGGGGUCGCCAUGGAGACGGAUGGACGCCUCUGCACGAGGCCUGCUUCUUAGCCGGUUGGCUGAUGCGAUUGAGAGAGAUUCUGCCUACCUUGCGGAACUGGAGACCCUUGACAAUGGGAAACCAUAUGCUGUUUCCUACACAGUGGAUCUACCCAAUGUGGUCAAAUGCCUCAGGUACUACGCAGGCUGGGCUGACAAAUGGGAGGGAAAGACCAUCCCCAUUGAUGGAGAUUAUUUCUGCUACACCCGACAUGAACCCAUCGGAGUCUGUGGACAAAUCAUACCGUGGAACUUCCCUCUCUUGAUGCAGUCGUGGAAACUUGGCCCCGCUCUUGCAACGGGUAACACUGUGGUGAUGAAAGUCGCUGAGCAGACGCCACUCACCGCUCUCUACGUAGCCAACUUGAUAAAAGAGGUGGGCUUUCCAGAAGGUGUGGUGAAUAUUUUGCCCGGAAUGGGACCCACGGCUGGAGCAGCUCUCGCAAGACACAUGGAUGUUGACAAAGUGGCUUUCACAGGAUCGACAGAGGUUGGUCAUCUAAUCCAACAGGCUUCAGGCAACAGCAACCUGAAGAAGGUCACGCUGGAGCUUGGAGGAAAGAGUCCCAACAUCAUCUUGUCUGAUGCAAAAUUGGCGGAUGCCGUGGAGCAGGCCCACUUUGCUUUGUUUUUUAACCAAGGCCAGUGUUGUUGUGCCGGCUCCCGGACAUACGUCCAAGCAGAUAUCUACGACGAGUUUUUGGAACGCAGUGCGGAAAGAGCUAAGAGACGAGUAGUUGGCAACCCCUUUGAUUUAAAGACUGAGCAGGGACCCCAGGUGGAUGAGGAGCAGUUCAACAAGAUUUUAGGUUACAUCAGCAGUGGAAAAAGAGAAGGAGCCAAACUCAUGUGUGGAGGCAGCGCGGCUGCUGACAAGGGAUACUUUAUCCAGCCCACCGUGUUUGGAGAUGUUCAGGACAACAUGACCAUUGCCAGAGAAGAGAUCUUUGGUCCAGUAAUGCAGAUCUUAAAGUUCAAGACACUCGAGGAAGUUGUAGAAAGAGCCAAUGAUACUAAAUAUGGUCUGGCUGCUGCCGUGUUCACCAAGGACAUUGAUAAGGCCAACUACAUUGCCAAUGCAGUCCGCGCUGGCACCGUCUGGGUUAAUUGCUAUGAUGUGUUUGGAGCCCAGGCUCCAUUUGGAGGAUAUAAAGCUUCAGGAAACGGCAGAGAGAUGGGAGAAUAUGGCCUAGAAAACUACACUGAAGUCAAAACGGUGACCACAAAAGUACCACAGAAGAAUUCAUAAACAGCUGACGCAUUUAAGGUUUCCAGUAAGCCGUCUAACUACAGUUUGCGUAAUUCAAGGAUUAGAUGGGUCAAAUAAUCACUUUUUAUACCUUUUUAUUUUUGAGUGAUUUAAAAGCUCCAAUUAGUAUCUACCCUGUUUAUCAUUUCUUCCCACUUUCAUGUAGCACAAUUUGAAUAUGCGUAAUACUAGCAAACGACAAUUGUAUGGAAUUGGACGUUUUCUGCUCAAAAAAAAGGCACACAUCACUGUGAGCAUGAGUUUAAAAUACCUGGGUUGCUGCUAUAUCACAUCUGUUAUGACGCAAAUGAACAGAUUGAACAAAAAAAAUUGUCAAUCCAAACCAGAAUAAAUUUGUAUAAGUCUAA